AUCAUAACUGUUCAUCAUCUUCUUCCUGCCAAGAGUCUAAGAUUCAGUAAUAGUAUGGUUGAAUGUUGAGAGUUCCUAAACUCCCAGUUGAAUGUUAAUAAUAAUGUGUAGUCUUUUCUAAUAAGAAAUCAACUUAAGGAAAAUUCUGAUACUAAAGGAUAAGGAACUACAAGAAAGUGAGAUUUGGAUUAUUUUAUUGAUUGGAUAUCUCAAGGCAAGAAUAUUUAUUUGAGAUUCGAAUCAUUUCAUAAGUAAGAUUGAUCCUCUGAUCUUGAAUGAUUCUAGUAUGGAACAUUUGGUUGUAUAACUCACUUUCUCCCACCAAUGGAAACUUAAGAACAUAAUUGAUACUCGUUCAAUAUGGAACAAUCAUAAUCAUGCAGUUCCAAGGGAAUAAACGUGGCCAACACAUAUCCACUUCUGCUAAGACAGGGCUUGUUCUCAUCCACCCACUCAAAUGCUUCCCAGCUCACAACAUCCGUUUCCUCCUUCCCAAUCUAACCAUCCAUAUUCCAUCAAUCAUCUCUAAGAUUCCAUCAAACGGCUAAGAUUGCAGAAUCAGAAGCAUACCCAUCCCCAGUAUUUGAACAUAAAGUGAAAGCCCAAGUUCAUUUUAAUUGUCAACGAUGGCUUCCAGAAGUUGGAAUUUAUCGAUUCCAUCUGGGUUUAUCAGUUCUUCCAAAACCCAACAAAAUUUAAAGUUUGUUUCUUUACCUUCUCCAAUUUUCAGAGCGGCCAAGAACGAAAAGCUUUCAUCGUCUUCUAUCCGUGCUAUGGGCUCCUCCUCCUCUUCACAGCGACCAGAUGGUAUCCGAGAGGCUGGCACCGCGGAUUACAAAUCUCUUAGCGAUGAUGAAUGGAAGAAGCGGCUCACAAGCGAGCAAUUUUAUAUUACCCGUCAGAAGGGAACUGAGAGAGCUUUUACCGGAGAGUAUUGGAACACCAAAACGCCAGGGACUUACCAGUGCAUAUGUUGCAACACGCCUCUGUUUGAAUCAUCAACUAAAUUUGACAGUGGAACUGGUUGGCCAUCGUAUUACCAGCCCAUUGGUGAUAAUGUCAAAACCAAGCUAGACCUGUCCAUUAUUUUCAUGCCUCGAGAGGAAGUUCUUUGUGCUGCUUGUGAUGCUCAUCUGGGCCACGUCUUUGAUGAUGGACCG